AUGGGCUCCCGAUUUUCUUCAUCUUCAUCUACUAACCAACCAGUAGAUGGGACUGUAGCCUAUCCAGGAUAUGAGCAACCUUUACAAACAAGUAAUCAAAUGAUGAGAAUGAUGGAACCAACUCGUCGUAUAUCUCGUGCACCAACUGUUUAUGCCGGCCAUACCGGAGCUGAUGUAAACAUCCCCUAUGGUACAAAUAUGAAUCCUUCAAGUGGCUGGCUCCCAGCCAAGCUUAAACCAAACCAUUUUUACUUCCCAAGUAAUUUAUUACUGCGUUUUACUCGAAAUGAGUUUCGACUUGAUACUCAAUCAACAAUUGGAGUAGAAUUUGCUUAUAAGCAAUUAAAUAUGGGCGGUAAAAAAAUUAAAACGCAAGUUUGGGAUACUGCUGGUCAAGAACGUUUUAAAACUGUUAUACCUCAAUUUUAUCGUGGUUCCGAAGGUGCUUUAUGUGUAUUUGAUUUAACAAAACCCGAUUCAUUUGAUCACAUCGUCAGUUGGAUAGAAGAGGUACAAAAACAUACAAAUACCAGUAUACCAAUGGUUUUAGUUGGUAAUAAAUCAGAUUUGGUUGAACAACGUAGAAUAAGUAGUGAGCAAGCUCUAAUGCUUGCUAAACAACAAAACAUGUCUUACAUGGAAACCUCAGCACUGAACGCUACAAACGUUGAACAAGCAUUUACAACAUUAGUUACAACUAUUUUUCAUCGAAAAGUUCAAAAACCACUUACUGAUGAUAUAACACCAGCACCAAUCACAAAAGAUACACCAGAUCCUGUCAUUAUAAUCAACAGCCAACCAAAUAAUCAAAAUAAUCAAAAUAAACAACAACCCAAAAAGAACAACGGUUGUUGUUAA